AUGGUGGCAAGCACGGAUGCCGGGGAAAAAAAAAGAAAUGUUGGCAAGCUCAGAUGCCGUGGAAAGAAACGAAAUGGUGGCAAGUCAGAUGCCACAGACGAGAUGGAAGACUUCUCACGUCAAACGUUUUUCGCUCCAUUUAAUCCCGACAUAAAUGGAGGUAACGAAACUGCAAACUGGUAUCGAUGGAAGACGGCGGCUAUCUGGUAUUUGGCUGGAAAGAUACUAAACAACAAAGAAAAGAUUAUCAGAAUGAUAAGCUUGGGAGGAGAAAUCGUGCAACGGGCGUUGGAAGCUCAUGCUCCGAAAAAGCUAUACCAAGAGCUGAUGGAGUUGGACGUGGAUGAUCAGGAAAAGGAUUCUACCACAACAAGUGCACCAGGAAAUAGUGCUGCAGAUGAAUCUGGACUUGUUAAUCCCAGUACGACUCAGGCGGAGCCGCCCGUUGUGGAGAAAAAGAAUUAUUAUAAAGAGGCUAUGGCAGUUCUCGAUAAAGCUUUCGCUGGAGCAUCCAAUCCAAUUGCUCAAUAUCAAAUUUUUGCAAAAACAAAGCAAGCAGAUGGCGAAUCAGUCAAAGCAUUUGCUAAUUUGUUAACGAUGUUGGCUGAAAAUUGCGAUUUUACAGAUGGAGAAAAAGAAAAUAUGAUCAAAAGACACUUGUUGCUGAAUACAAAUUUGAGAUCCCUCCAGAAAAAGGCUGUAACUCAGAAACUUCAAGAGAAAUCGUUGAAUGAAGUUUUGAAGGUAGCUUACGAAAUAGAACAGUCACGAAAAGAAAUCGAUAAACCGUCGACAGCAAAAGUUUGUGCAAUUAGCAACCGAGAACGCGAUGACGAAGGGAAAAAAGAGUGCGGCAAAUGUGGAUAUUAUGAUCACGGUUUUGGAGGCAACAACUGCCCUGCUAGAAACGUCAGAUGCCGCAAUUGUAACAAAAUUGGCCAUUACGAGAAGAAAUGUAAAGCACAAAAAACUUACGGUCAAGCAACUUCGGGACGAUUCAGUCAGAACUCUGGAAGACGCGGGAGUUACAACGACCGUCGUCUUAGCUCAGAAAACCGAGAUAGAGUUUAUAGACCACCAAAACAAUAUCAAUACUACGAUCGCGAAGGAUCUGGUUCUCGAAGACAAGAUUCCCGAAAGAGUGACUUGGACGAUUUGGUAGCAAAAGCAGUUGAAAAAGCUUUAAAAGGAAAAGAAAGUUUUCGUAAAUUUAAACAAAAGAACUGGUCUGACAAUGAAAUCGUGCAACGCAAUCGUUCUCAUGAAGGUACACUAUAG